AGAGAGAGAGAGAAAGAAAGAAAGAGAGAACAAGAGGCAGAGACAAGAGGACCAGCUGACUAAACAGUUAUAUCUCAGAGAAAGCGAGACAGAGGGAGUAAAGGGUAAGAAAAGGCUUUUUUGUAAAGAAAGAGUGGACGAGGACCGACACAGACAAAGAACUGAAGGCAAGAGUGAGAACAGAGAGGUGAGAACAGGACAGGCAGGAGCAGACACUGUCAAAAGGAUGUGAAUAAAGAAAAGACGGCAGGACUUAUGACUCACUGAGACGUUCAGAGAGUGACGGGAAAGGUGAGUAUAGAAAAGAAAAGAACAAGGACUGUAACUUUAUCAUAUUUUAUCGUGAAUGUAACUGGAAUUUUAUUGGGUCUGACAGGGCGUUUUCGAACAAACUGCCUUCUGGAUUUGAAUUUGAUGGAGGAAAACACACAGUGGAUGGCUGGGCUCUCACACAUCUCUGCACUUUCCCACACAUUAAAACUACAGCUGUGCUGAAUCUCACACGGGGGGAAUAUCGAUGAGUUCAAUGAUUAACAGCCAAGAAGACGUCACUCCUCAGACACAAUGACUACCUUCCCCUCUUCUUCUUCUUUCCCCUCCACUUCUUCAGCCCCUACAUUAUCUAACUCCUCUCCAUCCCUCCCCGUUUCCAUGUCCAUGUCCUUCAUCACAGCCACCUCUCCUCCCUCUUCCUCCUCUCCUUUAUCCUUCUCUAACAACUCCUCCAACAACUCCUCCCCAACUGAGACUCCGUGUUCGUUUGAUGACCCGGCACUCCGCAUGCCGCUGGUGGUCGUCUAUUCCCUGUUCUUCCUCUUUGGUCUGGUGGGUAACAUCUUCGCCCUGUGGGUCUUCCUUUGCCUUCAUAAAAGCCGCAACUCUGUGCGAGUGUUCCUCAUCAACUGUGCUGUGGCUGAUCUGGUCCUCCUGGCGUGUCUGCCCUUCAGGGUCUUCUACCACCUGAAUGGAAACCAGUGGGUACUGGGAUAUGCCGCCUGCAAGCUGGUGGGGAAUCUAUUUUAUAUGAACAUGUACAUCAGUAUUACAUUACUGGGGCUCAUCAGCUUGGACAGGUACUUGAGGUUAAAGGGGAAGGGACGAGCACGGAGAGGUAUGAGGAUAAGGCUGUGGGGGUGUAACCGGCCGUGGAGUUCAGUGGCAUGCGCGGCUUUGUGGGGUAUGUCACUGUUGGCGGUGGUGCCCAUGAUCGCCACGGCAGAGGACAAAGAGGACGGUAACAAAUGCUUCCAGUACAAGACGCGGCAAUACGCCAAAGGGAAAGCCUACUUUAACGGGGCGCUGGUAUUGCUGUUUUGGCUCGUUUUCCUCAUGCUGGUGGUUUCCUACGCCAAGAUUGCUUCCCAGUUGCUGAGGGUCUCACGGGACAAGCCAGACCUUCCCAAUGCACAACGAUACCAACGAACUGCCAAAAAGUCCUUCUUUGUCCUCUUUCUGUUCACUAUCUGCUUUGCGCCCUACCAUGCCUUUCGCCCCAUCUACAUCCUCUCCCAGCUCAGUGGAAAUUUGACUUGUGACUACAUGCAAAUGGUGGACCGUACCAAUGAGGUGAUGCUGUUAUUCUCUGCCUUUAACAGCUGUUUGGAUCCGGUCAUGUACUUUUUGUUAUCUGGCUCAGUGCGCAAAACCGCCUUCAGUGCACUCGGACAUCGGCUUGGCAACCGGCUUCUCUUCCUAAACGACGCAACAUCUAACAGCUCGACAACGGAGUUCCGACGGCCAUCUGUGCCUGCGGCUUUACACAACCCUGAACUGAACACCCCCGCAUCAACCCCCAGAAGCAGUAUUUGUGUCAUCAACUCAAACCUGCGCCGCACAUGUGUGACCACAUUUGCAACUACUGGCCGACAAUGAUCACAAGCUUGUCUGAGUUAAAAUAAUGCAAGCAUUAACACUGGAGAAAUAAAUAUCGGACAUUUCUCAUAUAUGUCGCUCUCAUUGACUACAUCUGUGUAAAACUGAGAAAAAUAUUUCUAAACACACCUGUUUUUUAUGUAAAAAAAUAAAUAAAUACAUGUUGUUUUUUUUUAACUACUGAGCCAUUCUUAUUGUGUUACUUUCUAAACAUGUGACUUGUGGGAACAGCAGUUUAAUUUUUAACUUACUGACAUUGCGGUUAGAGAAAUAUCACACUUACAAGAUGUACUUUAGUGACAGCAGUCUUUCUAAAACAUACGUGACAUUUACUUCCCACAAGAGAAUGCUUCUUCUGAUGAUUCUGUGAGAUGCAAAUAUUUUAAUUAAAAUUUAAUUUAAUUUUAAAACUGGUGCAUCUCAGUCUGCUUAGACACCAUAUACACUGGACAGAACAACGAGUGCAAAGUUAAGACAGUCAGAAUAUAUCAUUCUAUUUCAUACACUUAGGCUAACAACCUAUGAGAUUCUUUCUAAAUAUAUCCUCCUUGUGUGAAAAACCACCAAAUCUGUCACUCUAAGCCAGAUAAAACAAACACAAACGUAGUGCAACUAAUGUGUUACACAGGAUUGACCCACCAGCACACACAGUUAUUUGUUUUACACUGCGGGCAAGGGUGUGUUGAUCCCUUUGGAUCAGGCCCAUCUGGCCUAAUAGUGUUUGUCGCCUCUGUUAGAUGGCUAAUCCUGCUGGACUCACUGGUUGAAGCUAAUCUGACUAUAAGAAUGAACAAAUCCAGACCAGCAUUUGACAUGCAAUAUAACUUAGCAUGAAUCGGGGUUUGUUGGGGCUUCGCUUUACAAACGACAGGAGC